GAAGCGAAUCCAUCCAAUCAGCCUACACCCCCAUCCAGGAAGAAAGUGUCGGCCACAAAAACACGAGUCGAACUUCCUUAUAUAUUCAUCACCCGCAAAAUCACACUUCUUUUUAAAAUAUUUGUAGAAAGGCCACCUAUAUCGAUUUAUAUAAGAUGGGAUACAUGGCAGUAGAGGAGCACAGCUCUACAAUGCUGCACCUGAAGAGAAGCCCUGGCAUCCGUUCCUGGUCUCUUUGUAUCGGUAUGGCAUCCAUUGGGUUGGCGGCUGCCUACUACAGCUCCGAUAGCAUCGUGUGGAAGCUUUUCUAUGUCACCGGCUGUCUAUUUGUGGCCAUUCAGAACAUGGAAGAAUGGGAGGAGGCGAUGUUUGACAAAACUAACAAUGUGAUUCAACUCAAGACCAUUAGCUUGUACGCUUUAAUUCUGACGUUAUGCAAAAGGGGGCAAGAGAAAGUUGUUUUGGACUUGAGGCACCUACAUGAUGUCUGCGUCCAAGAAGAAAAGGUCCGAUAUUUGGGGAAAGGCUACCUCGUGAUGUUGCGUCUGGCUACGGGUUUCUCCUACCCACUGACUCAGAGUGCCACAAUUGGGGGGCGAAGCGACGUGGAGGCUAUCGCUGCAUUGCUCAAGCGCUUUUUGGGAUUGGAGGAGCGGCGAGAGCAGAGAGAAAUGACCGCACACGCAGAAGAGGUAUCUGAUUUUUUAGAUGACAGCAGUGAUUCCGAGGGUGAAGAAGAAAAACGUUGAUUUCUACAUGACAUCCUUUUUUU